CUAUAUCAAAUUGUGAGAAUUGCCACGUCACCACGUCGGCGCUCACCGCCUUCUAUCCCUUCUUGGAGAAACGGAACCCUAGGACCGUCCCACUGCUGAUGAUGUGAUUCAAUACCUGGAGCUCAGCUCAAUUGGCGAGUGAUGACCUAAAUGAUUCCCUCCCCUUUUCUUUUCCUUACAACCUUAACGGACGGACGGAGUCUUUGAAUCCGGCAUCUCUUCUCAAGCUCAGAGCAGGAUAGCAGUGAAGGAGAGAAAUGAAGCGAUCAAAGGAUCCGUUUGAGGUGGCCUUUGAGGAGCAGCAAGAAUCACCCCCUGAAUCCCCUGUUGCUGUUGAUGAGACUGAAACCCAAACUCCUGCUGCCACAUCAACUGCUAUGGAUGUCCAAGAGGAUGACCCCAGUGUUAACAUUCAGCCCACCCACCCAUCAACUUUGGUAGUGGCUCCAUCAGGUGCAGCAGCUGCUGGAAAAACGAAAGAAGAGGAAGAGGAGGAAGAGGAAGAAAACAUGGAUGCCGAGCUAGGAAAAUUUCCGCCCGGUGGUGACCCUGACAAACUGGUGAAGAUGCAGGCAAUUCUGUCUCGAUUCACAGAGGAACAGAUGAGCAGAUAUGAAUCAUUUCGGAGGUCUGGGUUUCAGAGAGCUAACAUGAAAAAGUUGUUGGCAAGCAUUACUGGGACUCAGAAAAUCUCUCUACCCAUGACGAUUGUAGUUUCGGGAAUAGCAAAAAUGUUUGUUGGAGAGCUCGUGGAAACAGGAAGGAUAGUUAUGACAGAGAGAAAAGAGACUGGCCCUAUCAGGCCUUGCCACAUCCGGGAAGCAUAUAGAAGACUGAAGCUUGAAGGAAAGGUACCAAAGAGAUCAGUUCCAAGGCUCUUCCGGUAGAUGAUUCCAGCUGAACUCUCAGCAGACUACAAGAUUCAGACUAGUUGAACAUGUAGUCAGAGUUCCCUUUAAAGACGAUGUGUUUAAAGACGAUGUGGGAAAGGGAGGAGAAUUCGGCUAAGAGAUUUGUAGAUCAAAUGGGUUAUAUAAGAUUGGUUUCUUCCAUGACUUUCCUCCCUUGUGUAAAUUGUACAUCUAGCUUUUUUGGAUUUCUUCCAUAUAAGUACAUGAACUGUGAAUGGACUGGACUGGUAAAGAAAUCAAUGCAGGAUAUCAUGGAAUCUACAGUUACCUAUCUGAAA